AUUUAUAAUAAUGAACUUAAGAGACACUGUGCAUGAGUACUUUAGUGCUCAGGAUAUGACCAAAUACAAUCCUGAAUACUAUAAAUUUAUUCAAAACAAUAAGGAAGAAUACCUUAUCAAGAAGGAGAACGAGACUGUAUUUGAGAAAGAAGUUGUGGCUAAUUGAAUCAAGCCAUGUUUCAAGUAUCUUGAGACUGCCCAGACAGUAGACUCAGAGUUUGAUUGAAUGCAAAACUGUUAUGCUAAAUCCAUGGAGGUCAACGCAAGGUUCAAACUUAAGUUUAACAGACAUUCUUUUGGAGUAGAGUAAUCUAUACAAAUAAAUAUUCUUA